UCGAUGGGCGUCAUGGAACCUCGGGGUAUUCAUGUGUAUCCGCUGUGCCGGCAUCCACCGUAACCUGGGUGUCCACAUCUCCAGAGUCAAAUCUGUCAAUCUGGACCAGUGGACACCCGAGCAGAUCCAGAGUAUGGUGGACAUGGGCAACACGAGGGCCAGACAGCUGUAUGAAGCCCACCUACCAGAGAGCUUCAGACGGCCACAGACAGACCAAGCAGUGGAGGUCUUCAUUCGGGACAAGUACGAGAGGAAAAAGUACUACGACAAGGAGGCCCUGGCCGCAGCCCCACCGAAGUCCUCUGAAGCUGCUCCUCCCUCCACCUCACCGUCCUCCCAGGCUGACAGGAGCAGACAGGAGAAGGAGCGUGAAAAGAAAAAAGAGGAGAAGAAGAAGGAUGCCGACAAAGUGGAGAAACACAACAACACAAAGGCAGAGUGUAAAGCCAGUCCCAAGGAAAGCACAGAGCCGGCUGUGGACCUGCUGGGCCUGGAUGCUCCAGAGGGAGGUGGGAGGGGCUCGGGUGGUGCUGCACCAAUCGGCGAUGAACUGGACAUCUUUGGACCAAUGGUCUCCAACCCUCUCCCCUCUUCCAACAACACACAGCAGUCUGGUUCCAGUACAGCACCUCCACAGGCCGACCCCUCCACCUCCUCCUCUGCCUCCUCCUCUACCUCCACCACUACCACCACGAAGGCGGAGGAGAAGAAGCUUUUAUCUAAAGACUCCAUCCUGUCUCUGUACGCCAGCAGCUCAGUGGCCAGUCAGCCGCAGAGCCAGCAGCAGCCUGUUCCAGGACAAGCAGGAAUGUACGUGGGCCAGCCUCAGAUGCCGUUCACUCCGCAGGGUUUUGCUCCAGGGAUGGGCGGACCCAUCCCACCAACCACCAUGAUAGGCGGAGGGGCCAUGAUGCCUGGGAUGGCGCUGCCUAACGGCGGCUACAUGGGCAUGCAGCAGCAGGGCGUGAUGCCAGCCAACCAAGGACAGAACAUGUAUAGCAUGCAGCAAGGACAGCAGCAAGGACAGUGGAAUAUGAGCCAGAUGACCCAGCAGAUGUCAGGCAUGGCUGUGAGUGGUGGAGGGCCGGCGCCAGCCACUUUCACCCAGUCAGGGGCCCCUGCGGCUGGCUGGCCUGCGGCUCCACCGGCAGCUUCCGGCCAGACCCUCAGCACUCAGCUGUGGAAGUGACAAGAAUUGGGUCCAGAGGAAAGGUAGGGGGGGAACGGAGGGCAGUCAUAUGGCAAGGAAAUAGCCAUAACAGCUCCUGACCCACCCAUCUCCUCACAGAAUGAAGAACACACAGUGGGGGUAGUUUGACUGCCUCCCUUCAAACCCUACACACCUUCACCAUGGUUCCUUUAAAAGCCAAGAUGACAUCACACUGGAUGGAGUGGAAAAAAAAGAAAGACUGGCAGCUGUUGUUUCCCGUCGUUAUUCAGCUUCCCUCUUCCUUUUUGAUUUCCUUUUGUUGUUGUUGUUGUCUGAAGAAAGAGACAGAAAUCGACAGAAAAGAGAGCUGCUGGACCAAUAACUCCAAGUGUCUAUUAUAGUAAUAUUAUAUCAUUACCAAAAUGGAUAGUUAGUGAAUAGUCUUUCAAUACCUACAGUAGAUAUGGCUAUCUUGUGGUUGCUACCAUGUCCUCACCCCUCUCUCUGCUGUGUAUAUUGUAACCCUCCCCCUUCCUCUCUCCCUCCCCCUCCCCCUCUCUGUAGGGCGAGCAGAGUCCCGUAGCAGAUAGUCGUCUGAACAGUACUGUAUUUAUGUGAUUAUGAUGUGAACCUCCCACUUUUUCAGAGCCAUAGGAGAGAGGUUGAUGCUUCCACUCUCAGUGACUUUGUUUGGUUUGAGUUCUCUUCAUCACUCCAUGGGGGGUGGGGGGGGAUCUGGAGAUGAGGUUCUCCAGUUUAAAGCAUCCUGUGGAGUUUAGCAUUGCUAAAUGGGGUUUGACUGACAUGGGUUUAAUGCUGCUUAUACAGUAGAUGUUAUUUUGCACUGAUUCACUGAAUCAUUGUCACGUAAUCUGACCAUUUUCCCACAAAGACUUCGAAAACAUAACAGUGUCUCAUUACAUCCAUUUGAGGUUACGUUUUCCCCCCAUAGCAGACAGUGUACCACGGAUCAGUUCUACAGGAAAGAUCACAUACACCAGUGGUUCCCAACCUUUAGCUUGGGUCAGAAUAUACACCUGAGGGUAGGCAAGAUCAUUAAAAUAGGAAAUAUGAUUAAAAGAAAAAGGCCUGGUAGGACUCUAAAAACUAUUCAAGUUAAACAUUGGCUGAUGGGAAGAUGGCUCUUCGAACUUCUCCCGACUCAUAGACAUAUUCAAACUGUGACAGGGGGUCACAACAUAGGCAAGGUGAUACAGCCCAGAAGUUGCCUACUUGCACUCAGGUGAGAACAGUCACACUGCAGCUAUUCAGCUACUUACACCAAUCCCUAUGACACGUUAUUGUGGUUCCCAUUGCGUGCUGUGAUUGGCUAGUACUAAUCAAGUUGAUGCAUCAUGGUUGGAAGGGUUUAGCAUUAGGGCAAAGAGGUCAUGGUUAGGACUCGUGCCAGCCACUCUCGGAUAUUCUCUGAGAUUGGUGUAUUGGUGAAGUGGUGAAUUUACACGAGAAAAACCUACAAAUAUAGUGCCAGAAAGUCAGGUGGCGUUGUAUAAAGAGUGACACAGUUUAUAGAGAGAGUAAGGUGUGGUGGAUAAAUGGGUCAAGCACAGGACUUUCACCCAUGAGACUCUGAUUCUAAUGUUUCCUUUUUAUUUUUAGACUUUUAGACUUAAUAUUUUUACUUUUUAUGAUGUAUAAAGCAGCAGAAUGCACACUGUGUAUGGCUGAAUACACCUGUUCAAGUUAAUGUCAUACUUAAAUGUUGCCAGGACACCCAGGAAUAUAUACACCCGGGUAUAAACGGCCACAUUGGCUAUGUACACCUCAGGUAGCAUCGUUGGUCUUUGGACACCUGGGUGUUAUCAGCAUCUGCCAAAAUAAAAUAUUUUUCUUUUGAAAUACUUCGACAAGUUGGGAAAUACCCUUAGUUGCUUACUCGCUGAUAGUUAGAUCAUGUUUGUCUUCCAAGUAUCAAGCUGGAGUCAGGAGGCAAUUAGCCGAGAUUAGCAGAAGGACUGAAAACUGGGCUAAACAGCUAGCCUGGCUGUAUCUAAUUAUUAUUAUUUGGACAACAAUACAGUUUUUGCUGAUAUCACAGAGUCUGUCACCAUACGAGUUAAUUCAAUAUGAAACUAACAGGAACAGUAAAUAUCCUCAUUGCCUUUUUCUUGGCUGCUUACCAUUGUGCACCUGACGCCAGGCACCUAGCAUUGUUUGAACGUUUAGGAAAGAGGUGUACUUGACAGAAAUGGUGACACACGCAUGCCAUGGGAAUUUCAAAAUAAAGGCAUAUCUUAAAGAUAAUACGUAUUGUUCUUUUCGCUUUCCAUCGAUAAUAUUGGAUCAUUGAUCAUUACGGUGAUAUACAAUCCAGACUCAAAGCCCAAAAAGGUUGGGAACCACUGAUAUAUGUACACCACACUGGCUGUGCAAACAUAAUCUGAUCAGUUAUCCAGUAUCAGACUUUUAUUGGCUUAUUAAUAUCUCUGUCCAGUUCUGUGUCUCACACUGCGAGCUGGUUAAAACAACCCAAAGGAUUCCCUCUAAGCCCCAGUGAUUUCUGAGCACCCCUGGGUCCCCUGGGUGUCUUUGGUAGCCACGCUGUGGUGUUUUGAUGUGUUUUAAAACCUAACAAGCUGGGUUAAGUGAAACCUGGGCUCCGACCCAGUUAAGACAUUCCUUGUUGUUGAAAUGAACCGUUUCUCCCGCGCUCCCCUAGGCAAAAUAAAGCGCCACUGGAAUCACAGCAGGUUGUCUUUACUGCACUUUAAAUAGCAGAGCAGGUACCGUACUGUAUCUCCCGCUGUGGUGUGGUUUAGUCUCUCAGAUCGUUGUCGGGGAACAGCAGAGAUAAGUGAACUGUCAGCUCACUUCCAACAGCAAGAUGGGAUUUCCACAAUCUUUUUCUUUCUAAAAACUGGACCAACGUGACACGUAAAAUGUUGCUCCCUUCAUAUAUUACGCUGUAACUGUAUGUUCUGCCAUCCGCCAUCUUUAUUGUGGUGUUUUGUUGUGUGCAGUACAAGAGAAGCACAGUUAGUCUGAAGCAAAUAAACCUGGAUGACCAAUCAGAGGGCUAGACUGGCAGGACGGUGGGGGAGGAACAGGACUGGACAGUGUUAGCAAAAGAGGACCUGUAUGAAAACACUGGAUGGGUCCCAUCACCACUGUCCAGUCCUUGUUUUCGAGAAUAAGAAAAGAGGAGCAAGAGCUGAAAUGAACAAACAGAUACACACACGUAUGCACACAGAGUUAAGACCACACUGCCGAACGCCAACGCAGAGAUUCAUGUCCGUAUACACAGGGUACCUCUGCCAUGCAAUAACUGUAAGACUCUCUUACACACAUGUGGCGAGUGUGAACGACACAUUAACAAUAAAUCUAAUGUCCUCCAGGUUUAUUUCCAAUGUGUUUACAUUUUCUGGUGCCUAGUACAGAGAAAAGUGGUUUCCGUGCAUUAAAAAAAAAAUAUCCAGGAACUUUUUCUGUGUUCAUCUUUGUCUAAUGACUCUUUUAACUGUUAAAGUACUGUUUUAUCGUUUGGGAGUUUUAUGUUUGCUCCUUUUUUCGGUUCCACAAGAGGGUCAUUUGAAAUAAAAGCUGUUGAGUCCUGGAGUUAUUCCUGCUUCUAUUUCCUGUGUUUACAUCAUACACCUACACAGUGCCCUCUAAACUUCAGCGAUCAGGACAAUACUGCCGUUAAAAUGCAGUAAAGAAAAACAGUUCUUUCACAUCUGAGCUGUGAGACUAGCCGCCCGUCUGAUGUGCUGUUUAUAUCCUGUCUACUCAACUCAUGCCUUUUUAUUCCACCGCUGGCAAGUGCGUUUACUUGUGAGGCGAGUUCUCUUUGUUGUCAGCCCACAGACUCUACAUUAUUGAUGGCAGCUUGUCAGGAGAGACGUCACUUGUUACUUCACGCGGGCUGCUUCCAAACCUGAUUGCAUACAUACAGGAUGAGAGGACGGCAAAGGUCCUUCCAGUUCAAUACACACAAUCAGUUUUGAGUGAUUUAAAAGAGAAUUACAUAGCAUUUAUGCAUCAAUAAAUC